GGGUAGAUUUGAAUCCGGCUAAUGAAACUGGAAUUGAAGACUCUCCAAUAGGCGGCACUGGGCGGGGCGUAUGACAGCACUGAGGUCACAUGAUUUGCUCUUCCAGUAGAGCAAGAGGCUGACGGCAUUGCUCUUUUGCAUGGGCUGCCUAUAAAUACGGCUGCAGAGGGAGUAAGCGACAUCAUUAUCCUCUUUGUUUAAGUUAGGAAUUCUUGAGAUUGAUAAUCAUGCCUGAUCCCGCCAAGUCUGCACCAGCGCCCAAGAAAGGCUCCAAGAAAGCCGUGACCAAGACUCAGAAAAAGGACGGCAAGAAGCGGAGGAAGACCAGGAAGGAAAGCUAUGCCAUCUACGUGUACAAGGUGCUCAAGCAGGUCCACCCUGACACCGGCAUCUCCUCCAAGGCCAUGGGCAUCAUGAACUCCUUUGUCAACGAUAUCUUCGAGCGCAUCGCAGGGGAAGCCUCCCGCCUGGCUCACUACAACAAGCGCUCCACCAUCACCUCCCGGGAGAUCCAGACCGCCGUGCGCCUGCUGCUGCCUGGAGAGCUGGCCAAGCACGCCGUGUCCGAGGGCACCAAGGCCGUCACCAAGUACACCAGCGCCAAGUAACCUGCUCCGCCUCCUGCUGUCACCCCAAAGGCUCUUCUAAGAGCCGCCACAUUGUCUAUAAUAGAGCUGGGGCUUCUCCUGUCUGUAUUCCCCGUAUUCUCUUCUGUAUA